AUGGCGGCCAUCGGUCCGUUGACCACGACCUUCUCGGCUCCGUCGAGUUGUGCGACGGUUCUUUCCAACUUUUACGAGGUUUUUGAGGGGGAUAAGGAGUCGAGUUAUGUUCAGGGGCCGCUAUUCCCAACACAUAAAGACUGUUUCCCGAGUGGUUAUGAUCCGGAACCGACAAAAUACUACUCGCCUGGGUUCUGCCCGCAGGAGUAUACAGCUGCAUGCUCGAGUGUUCGCACAUCAAGCACCGUGACGGAAACCGCCAUUGCCUGCUGUCCAAAGUAUGUUGAUAUCUCACGCUCACGGAAGACUUGA